GUGCCAGUUUUUCCCGGGAACUCGACGCAGCGUGUUCUUCUGCCGCUGCCUGCCCCAAAAAAAAACCAAACCAUCUAUUUCCAAACAACCAACGAAGCUGGAAAAAAUCUUAAAUCAAAAUCCAAAAAAAAAAGGAUUCAUUUAAAAAUUAAAUAAAUAAAUAUAUAUAUUUUUUUUAUUUUUUGAGAACUUGUGAUUGUGAUUUUUUGAUUGUGAGGCAAGAGAGAGAAACGUAAAGUUUUCGCAAAAGUUUUGAAAAAAAAAAACCAGAAAUAAAAGGCAAACAGAAGACGGGGAGAACUGGCCAAGGAAAUUAUCAUCAUCGAGUCACGUAAUUAAAACGAAACGCAAGACGAGACGAAACGCAAAGUAAAGCUCCAGCAAACGGGCAAAUAUUUGUGUAUAUUAGCCAGAAAAACCAAAAAAAAAAACAAAAACACAAAAACCAGCCAACAAGGAGGGCUAAUAAUAAACUAAGCGGCAGUUUCCCAGACAGUGCCACUGACAAGUUAUCGUUUUUUGUCCACUGUUUAUGCAAACACUUAGCGGAAAAAAAGCAAACGAAGAGCAUUGCAGAGGAACUUUCGUCACCAAAAAAAAAAACAACAAACAGGAAGAGGAACAACAUAGCAGCAGGAUGCGUGGUCGUCACUUGCGUCGCCGGUUCAGCCUGCAGCCCUCCUUCAUGAAGGACGACAAUGCCGAGGAGAAGCCCAAACGCGACAAAGUGGGCCGGAACAAUGCCGUGGACGAUGCCAUCGGACCGGCCAACGCCCGCCACAAAAUCGUCGUCAUGGGCUCCGCCAAAGUGGGCAAGACCUCGAUAAUCACACAGUUUCUCUACAAUACCUUCAGCACCAAGUACAAGCGGACUAUUGAGGAGAUGCACCAGGGUAACUUCUCCAUUGCUGGGGUUAGUCUAACCCUCGAUAUCCUUGAUACGGCUGGUUCCUAUGAGUUCCCGGCGAUGCGAGCCCUUUCGAUAUCCUCGGCUGAUGCUUUCAUCCUGGUCUAUGAUGUCACUGAUGCUACUACUUUCGAAGAGGUUCGCGCCAUCCGGGAUCAGAUCCAUGAGACGAAGGCCACCACCGCGGUGCCCAUAGUGGUUGUGGGCAACAAGAUCGAUCUAUUGGCUGAUGGGGAAACUGAACGAGAGGUAAGUGUUGAAUAUGCCACCACCGAGUCCGUGGUGACUGUGGACUGGGAGAAUGGUUUUGUAGAGGCCUCCGCCGCCAUCAACGAGAACGUAACACAGGUUUUCAAGGAGCUACUGGCCCAGGCCAAGAUCACCUACAACUUGAGCCCGGCGCUACGACGGCGCCGCCAAUCCUUGCCCCAGCAGAUCGGCAACAACGGCCCGGGCACUCCGCUGCACCACCACCACCACCAUCAUCACAACCAGGCCCACCACCAGGGUGCUGCCUCCACUUCGGCCGCCGCCGCUGCGGCAGCAGCUGCUGCUGGCUCCUCUUCUGGCAGCGGCAGUGGCAGUGGCUCUCAUGCCCCAACACCGGCGCAGUUGCAACACUUGCAACGCAUCCAGGAACGCAGCCUGGGCGCCAAACGCAACUCGUGCAGCAUCUCCUAAACAGCAUUUCCGGGGCACUUACCAAAUGAAUUACAAAAACUACAAACUACAAACUGAAAACUAAAAACUACAAAGAACGAAAGAAUUCAAACCUAAACUGAUACUGAGAAUUAUUGUUACUAAACAAAAGAAAAACUGAAACUAAACGGUCUCCUAAAAACGGUUUUCAAUACUUUUUUUCCCCCUAAAAAACUUCAGCCCAGAUACCCCAUCAAAGACCUACAUAUAUACAAAGUGUUGUCUGGUUUUUGAAAUAAUAACUACAAAGGAGUAAUCUCCCGACUCGAAUGUACCUAUCUCUAUUGCUAUUAUCGCUCCACAAAUGACUUUAGUACCUAUCUCAUAGCCUCUGGUUUCUCAAAACUCAGCUCUCAAAAUGACAAAAGAUAUAUAUACAAUACAUGUGGUAGAAAAAAAAUCGAAUUGUUAGCAAGCUAUAUAUUACUCACAAACCAAAAAAAAAGAAGAUAUAUCUACAUAUAUAAUAUAAUAAACAGAAAGGUCAGUAGAAGUGAAGAAAAAUUCUUUUAUACGUGUCUCUGUGUACCUUGUAUGUGUGUGUGUGUCUACAGUUACAGUUACCCCUUAUACCGACGGUACAGGAACAUAUAGCAUAUAUACAUAUAUAUACAUAUGUAUAGGAAUAAUCCCAUUUAGCGAGCAUUUAGGCCGAUCUGUGUACCUAAAGACAGCGAAGAAGACAUAUUUUUUUAGACAAUAGGUCCAAGGUAGCGGCUUUUGGGUGUUGGCCAGUGUUGGCCAAGCUGUAUGAGUUAGUGUUGGGAAGCGGUAACGAAAGCACAAGCGGAAACCAAAAAAAAGCAAAUGCAUAGUUAAGGAAAGGGAUUACCUACAAAAUCUAUCUGUAGAACAAAGUAGAAAAGUAUUGAGUGUACAUUACAUUACAAAUGGUUUUUUUUUUUCAUCUUAUUUUUGUUUAAUUUAGAAAUUGUAAUUUAUUUGAAUUACUAUUUACAGUUAGCUAGUAGUGUUGGUUAAUUGUGCGAGCCAGGCGAGCGCAUAGUGCCAGGAAAAAGAUUGAAGAUUGAAAACGCAAUGAAAACACCAAAGACAAAGACAAAGACAAAGACAAAAAAAGCAAAUGCAACUAUAUAAUGAUAGAGAUAUUUAUGGAGUAUGGAGGAAUACCAAGUUGUUACCCAGUAUGGCAGUGGUUAAGGAUCAAGUUAAGGAUAAUUUCGGAUUCAGAACGAAAUAAAAAUCGGGCCAAAGUGUAACGCAGCUAUUUAAAAACAUAUUCUAUAUACAUCCAUAUAUUGUACGAGUAUUACAUGGAAAAUACAAUUGGAAUACAAAAAACAAAACAAUAACAAGAAUACAAAGAGCGUUAUAUUUAUGUAUUGCUAAAGGACAUAUUUCAAAUACUAAUAUAUUGAAUUACUAUAUGGAUAUAUGCUAAUGCCAAAAAUACUUAAACUUAUAUGGAUAUCGAUGUGUUGCAAACGAAAUGAAAACUUUAAAGAAUUUAUGUAAUUUAUGUAAUUAUUUAAUUCCAGCAAAAAUCGUACAAUAUCAAAGCAGGGCAAGCCACUGCAUCUACUAUAUUUAAAAAAAUAUAUAUAUCGGUGUGUACAAGUGGUUGUUUCAUAAAACAAAAAUUAUUUAAUGAGAAAAUGGGCAUUUGCAGGUGAAUUUUGAUUGAAAUUAUUGAGGAAAUAUGACUAUUUGAUGGGAAUCCUGCCAGAGCUAAAUACCCA